AUGGAUGUUUUCGAAGGACCACCAACAAAAAGACAAAAGACUCAAGCUGUUCAAACUGUCCAACCACUUUGCAAUGUAAUUUGCACAUCUUCUUCGACAUGUAACCGUGGUUCAAGGUGCCUAUUCAAUCGAAGAAAUGCCAAUGUUCAACAACAACCUAUUGAACUCUUUCCACAACCACCUCGAAAGAUUUUUCUGCGAAGAUUUCUUGAAAAACCACCAUCACCAGAUCCUAUCGAGGUUAUUGAAUUGUCAUCAGAUGAAGAAGAAACACCUUUAGACUUGUCAGUUCAGCACUAUUCACUACCUCCACCGCAGUCAUCACCUAUCAAUUUAACUUCACGGCAGAUUAUUCCAUCAACUGUUGAAUCAGACUUCCAAGAUCCACCAGCUCAACAAGAACCAGCAGAUUUACCAGAUCCAUCAGCAUCACAAGAACAUUCAGAUUUCCAAGAUCCACCAGCCCAACAAGAACCUUUGCCAGAUCCUGAACAAGACAUCUAUGACCAACCAACAGAGAGCGAAGAUGAACCUGAUGUUACGUUGAAUCAACCCAUCCAACAAAAUUCGCCAAAGCGUAAAAAGGGGUCAUUUAAGUGUGAUAAAUGUGGUAAAACUUACGUUUUAUCACCAUGUUUUCAGAAACAUCUAUUGAUAUGUGGUGUUCGUAUGUGUACAGCAAAUCCAGCCGAUGUACCAGCAGCAUUCAAUGGUUACAAGUUAAUUGAAAAAGCAUUUGCCAAAUAUUAUUUGGUUUAUAGAUAUGUAAACACUGAAAAAGUUGACCUUACUGUUCUUUUCACUAAACUUAGUCCUGAUACAAUUGCAUUGUUGAAUAUCAUAGUGAAAGAGUUUAAAGCAAUGAAAUAUUUUUUCAAUUUAGAAGCGGUUUUCACAGACGAGAUAUCAGGCAAAUCAAUCAAAAUGUAUUUCCAGUCAAGCAUAUUUGCAGGAUUAAUCGCUGAUAUUAAUGAGAACUCUUUAGCAGAAGCAUUGGUGGAACUUGAAGAAAGAAUAGAUCAAUUUACACAACGAGGAUCAGGCUGGGCACUCGCUAAAAUAAAUCACAUCGACUUGGCAGUAGGAAAAUACAUACCACAUACUGGCGGUUGUAGUAGUCACACAUUACCUCCAAGAUUGAAGAACAAAACAUGCCUAAUUUCUCCUGCAACUGUAACUGAUUGUUUUAUGUACAGUGUCUUGAUUGGUUUACACAAAGCUGCCCAUCAUCGUGAACGAGUCGACCAAUAUUCUACAUUCAUCUCCAACUAUGACUUUUCAAUGGUUCGAGGUAUUGUUCCUGUAAAUGAUAUUAAAAAGUUUGAAAAGGCAAACAGAAUCUCUGUAAAUGUAUACACUUACGAGUUAGAUUCAGAAAAGGUUGUGCCACUUAAGAUUGCUGCUUUCGAACAGGAAAAACAUGUCAACAUUUUUUUGCUGAAUGAACACUAUUAUUACAUAUCAGACUUUUGUAGACUUGUUAACACAGCAAAAUCCAGAUCAAGAUUCGUUUGUUAUCGUUGCAUUAGAUCAUUCAGACUCGAAGAGCAACUCCAGAUACACAAAAUUGAUUGUGGUGUCAAAGUGCCACAAGCUAUCGAAAUGCCUAAAGGUGAUCGUGCAGUCUGUAAAAGGUGGAAUUACAGAAAAGAAGUUAAAUACCCUUUUUGUAUCUAUGCUGAUUUCGAAACUUUAUCUGUGAAAAAUACCGAACCAGAUCAUAUUCUAACUGACCUGGUGCCUUGCAGUUAUGGAUACGUUAUUGUUGAUUGGGAAGGAAAAAUAAUUCACAAUGAUUUCUACCUUGGAACUGACGUCGGUAAAAAAUUCCUUGAAAGCUUAAAACAAAGUGAGAGACUCAUGGACGACUAUCUUGAAUCAAGAAUCAAGCGUAAUCAUCAACUCUCCCAAUCUGAAGAAGACGCCUUCAAGAACGCUAUUAAUUGCCAUAUCUGUAACAAAGCUCUUGGUGGAGAUAGAGUUCGAGAUCAUUGCCACCUCACUGGUAAAUAUAGAGGAGCUGCUCAUCAGCAAUGUAAUUUAGAAUACCGUGUUCCUUCACAAUAUCCAGUUAUUUUUCACAAUUUGAAAAACUUUGAUGGUCACAUCAUAAUUAGAGCACUUGAUGUGAAUUUUUGUGAGCAACCCCCUGUGAUAAUUCCUCAUAAUAUGGAGAAAUUCAUUGGUUUCAUACUUGGAAGGUUCAAAUUUCUGGACAGUUAUGCUUUCUUACCAUCUAGCUUGGACAAUUUAUCUGCAAAUAUUUCCACUGAAAGUAAAAAUCACUACUUAAAGCAGUCCUUCGGAGAUAUUGAUACUUCCCUUUUAAUCAAAAAGAGCGCACUUCCUUACGAGUACUUGACUAGCCUUGACGUAUUCAAUGAACCUACUUUACCUGAUAAGUCCGCUUUCCAUUCAACUCUAACUGACUCCGGUAUAUCUGAUGAAAUGUAUCAACAUUUACAACAAGUUUGGUCCACUUUUAACUGUCAAACAAUGAAAGAUCUCCACGACAUCUACUUAAAGGUUGACGUUCUCUUAUUGACAGCAGUAUUCGAGAACUUUAGAGAAAUGUCCAUCACUAAUUUUACAUUGGAUCCACUUCAUCAAUUUUCUGCACCUGGAUUAACGUGGUCAGCUGCUUUGAAAACAACAGGAAUAGAACUUGAUCUAAUGACUGAUGUCAACAUGUUUCUGAUGAUCGAAAAAGCUAUUAGAGGUGGACCGACAGUGGUAACUAAACGCCAUGUUAAAGCCAAUAACAAAUACAUACAAGAUUAUGACGAGGGCAAACCAACAUCUAAUUUACUCUACUUGGAUGUCAAUAAUCUAUAUGGCUAUGCCAUGUCAGAAAAAUUACCAGUUAAAGGUUUCAAAUGGUCCAAUGUUCCACUUGAACAAAUAUUGAAUACUCCUGAUGACUCUGAUACUGGUUACAUAUUGGAAGUAGAUCUUGAAUAUCCAGAAGAUCUUCAUGAUCUUCAUAAUGAUUUCCCUCUUGCUCCUGAAAAGAUGGAAAUUGAACAGAAAUUGUACAGUCAGUACCAACAAGAAUUGCAAAAUGAUUUAAAAGAGAGAGGCUUCAAACCAACACAUUCAACAAAGCUGGUUACAACAUUUAUCAAGAAAGAGCGAUAUGUCAUCCACUAUCGCACUCUGAAAUUCUAUGUUGCACAUGGAAUGAAAGUUAGCAAAGUACAUCGUACAAUUCAAUUCUAUCAAUCAGCCUGGCUAGCUGAGUAUGUCAAAUUCUGUACAUCUAAAAGACAAGCGGCAACAUCAGACUUCGAGAAAGACUUUUAUAAGCUUUUGGUCAAUUCCAUCUAUGGUAAAACCAUCGAAGACAAGAGAAAGCACCGUAAAGUUUUUCUCGCACUUCAAGAUAUCCAAGCUCAAAGACAUCUCAGAAAGGAUUUAUGUCAAAAAUUCAUGAUUCUUGAUGAAAAUAAAAUGCUUUUUUGGAUGAAAUCGUUGCGAGUAAAAAUGGAUAAACCGAUAGCUGUUGGAUUCACCGUUCUCGAGUUAGCCAAACUCAAAAUGUAUCAAAUACAUUAUGACACUUUCAAGGCCCACUAUGGCAAUAAUAUCAGUAUGAUUUAUACUGAUACUGAUUCUCUCAUCUAUGAAAUUAAGACUCCAGAUAUUGUAACCGAUCUUCAACACUUUUCGAACAUCAUGGACUUUUCCAAUUACCCGAAAGACCAUCCACUGUAUUCCAACGCAAACAACAAAAAGAUUGGGUUCCUCAAAGAUGAGAUGGCAGGAAAACAGAUUGUCGAAUUCGUAGGUAUUCGUCCGAAACUCUACGCACUAAAAACUGAAGACGAAGUAAAGAAGAAAGCGAAAGGAGUCCCAAGAGCUGUACUCAAAAACAAAAUUACUUUCGAUGAUUACAUUGAGUGCCUGUAUCAUCAUACUGUAACUCGUGAUAAAGCAACAUCACUUCAGUCUGAUCAUCAUAAUAUCCAAAUGAUCAGGAGGACAAAAGUAAUGCUCUCUCCACUGGACGAUAAAAGAUACUGGCUGGACCGAUUAUCUUCAUUGGCUUAUGGCCAUUAUAAAAUUAAUAACUGA